CAUGGCUUUGUACUGAUCCUUAACGAAGAACCAAGUGGAUCAUGAUUAAGCCAGAUGUGAACAGUCAAUUUUCGUAAUAAAGAUUGCAGCAACUCUGAGAUUCUAUAAUGGCGAAUUAUCAAAAGAUAAAACGUUUCCUGUACCUCCUUUGUUUCUGCAUCGGGACUUCAUGGUACAUCGUGCUAAAAUAUUACUAUGAUAAUGUGGAAAUUACAUAUUAUAAUGCAAAAUCACAUCUGGCUUGUGUUUUGCCCGAGAAUUUAAAUCCAUUUGAUCCAGGUGUGAUGGGGUUUAUUUGGGAUGUAUCACCUAUAAAAUGUGCUAAUUGGCCAUCUCUUGUUUAUGUCGAUUCUCAAGGACUUUUACAGAAGAACAAUACAGCGAUGUUUAAUUAUGCCAAAUCACGUGAUUUGGCCUGUACAUAUCAAAUUGUGACUAGGAAAAAAGGAGACAUGGAAGUAAUUAUGGAAUCGGAAGUGACGUUUACAUCUGGCGACUAUGUUCCGUCUGAUUUCUUUUACGUUGUGUGUAAAAGUGCAGACGGAAAAAUUGUAUAUAGUAAUAUGCAUCAUAGUAUCAAUAAUAGGAAUACAUUACGAAAGAAAAAAAUGAUAAAUUAUGAGGAAGAAAAAUUUAAUAUUUUUAUUUAUGGUAUUGAUGCAGUAUCUAGACUGCAUGCGGAAAGGAAAUUGAAAAAGACAAUGAAAUACCUGAAAAAUAAUAUUGGAGCUUAUAUAUUUGAAGGAUAUACGAAAAUUGGUGGAAAUACUUUCCCUAACAUAGCACCACUUUUGACGGGUAAAGCCAUAUAUGAACUUCCAAGCACGAAGGAUUUUCUUGAUGAUUUUCCUUUCCUCUGGAAAAAUUUCUCAAAACGAGGUUAUGCAACAUUUCAUGCUGAAGAUUGGCCAGAAAUUUCAACUUUUAACUCCGGUUUAAAAGGAUUUAAUGAACAACCUGUAGACCACUACAUUCGACCCAUGUUUCUUGCAUUCGACAAAGUAUCAUUUUACAAAAAUAAAUUAGACCAAGCACAUAUGUAUCUUGCCGAUAAGGGUAUUCGAAUCGGCAACCAAGGAGGUCUUUGUUUUGGCAAUAAACCAAAGUUUAGAAUCAUCAUUGAUUAUUACAAACAAUUCAUUGAACGGUAUGGAGACAGGCUUAAGUUUGGUUUAAGCUGGAAUAAUGAACUCUGCCACGAUUACCUCAAUAAUCUUCAACUUGGAGACGAUGAUAUUUUUCAAUUCGUACACUGGAUGCAUACAACAGGUAGACUGAAUAACUCGGUAUUUAUUUUCCUAAGUGACCAUGGAUACUUAAUGAAUGAGAUUCAGAAUACUUUUGUGGGUAGAUUUGAAGCACGUAUGCCCCUUCUUGCUAUAUCCAUACCCCCUGUUCUGAAGGAUAGAUAUCCACAUAUUCAUGACAAUUUGCUGAAGAAUACAAAGCGGUUAAUAACAGUGUAUGAUAUUCAUGAAUUUUUGAAAAAUGUUUUGCUCAGUAAUUUUUUGCCAAAAAAGAAUAAGUUUACAAACGUUUUACCACGAGGAAUUAGUCUUUUUCAGGAAAUUCCCAAAACUAGAUCUUGUAAAAGUGCUUAUAUUCCGGAACAUUUUUGUCCGUGCUAUUCUUCUCAGGAAGUGGAAGCUAGUGAUCCUACUGUUCGAGAAAUGGCCCUUUUUAUUACUUCUAGACUGAAUAAAAAAUUACAGCACCUUGUACCAAAGUGUGCUGAGUUAAAAUUGAAAAAGGUUAAUAACGCCUCAGUUGUUGACUCAAAUCUCGUCAAGACUCCCUCGAGAUUUACAUUACGUAAUCUCAUGUAUCGUUCUGAUAUUGACGGCAGACUUCAACAGAGAUUUAUUAUUUCUUUAACAACAAUCCCUGGAAACGCAAAAUUUGAAUCGACGGUGGAGAGAGAUGAUUCCGGUCAUAUGACAAUUUUAGAUGACGUCAUCACUAGAACAAACAUGUACAAAAACCAGUCUUCAUGUAUAAAAGAGAGGCUUAUGAAGCCAUUUUGUUAUUGCUCUAGUCAAUAAUUUUAUAGCACACAUAAAUGUAUUAUAUUUAUCACAUACAACGGAUAUAGCUCAUAGGAUAUAUUAAUUUUUCAUAUCCACGUGCACAACUGUGACGUCAAAGUUUUUUUUUUCGUGAAAUUGAUGUCAAAUCUUGUAGAUUUACAUAUUAUAUAAAACAGUGUUAAACAUGAAAUAGCUAAUAGAUGUGUAACACAUGUGAUAAAAUGAAUCCCUCAUGGUU